AAAAAUAAUAAAUGGACCCACAUCAUAUAUGUAAGUAAUUGCAGGAAUAGUGUUAUUAAGAGAAUGACGAUGUAAGUACUUUCAUUUCUAAAAGAGCUGAGAAAUCGUGUGGCGGAGAUGGAGGCCAAGAAUGCUGAAUAUUAGGAUCAAAUUGAAGGGCUGAAAUAAAUAAUUGAAGAAAAGGAUGCCAAAAUCAAACUAUUAGAAGACACAUUAGCUAAUUUACAAAAUAAGCCCAUCAAAAAAACCAUUUCAAAGAAGAAAGAUAAGAAGUCCACUAAAAAGUGAUAUAAUAAUUUACUUAAAUUAUCAAAC